AUGGCAGCCACACCGUUGCGGCCGACGCGCAGGAGGUGCGCGAAGCCGCUGGGGGUCUCGGAGGCGCCUCUUGGCCGCCUCUGCGUCUUACUUGUGGCAGCCUCUGUGAGCUGGCCAUGUGCGCCUCUCUUCGCCAUGGAGGGACCCUCCAGCAAGGAACCUGAGCUGGGGCGGAGCCCGGAAUCUCGUAGCGUCUACGUGGGAAACCUUCCCUGGAGCACCAGGGGCAAGCAGCUUGGCAUGAUGUUUGAAGAAGUGGGCACAGUUCUCCGGAGCGAGGUUGAGAUGGCAAAAGGCAGGUCGCACGGUUGGGCUACAGUGACCAUGUCCUCGCCAGCGGAGGCUAUGAAGGCUGUAGAGAAGUUUGACGGUGUCACGAUUCAAGGAAAGCGCAAAGGCGGGGGCAAAGUCAAGCGCCAAAUCGUUGUGAAUCUCGAGAAGCGGUCUUUGUUGCUGAGCAACUUGCCCAACACCACCACCUUCAACGAAGUCAAGGACUUGUUCAGCGACGUCGGGCGCCCACGCUGGAUCAACCAAGGCCUCUCCCACAAGGAUCUGUCUCCUAGACACAUGGUGGUUAUUUUCUAUACAGCAGAGGAAGCCCAAAAGGCUUUGAGUAUGAACGAGAAGGAGAUGGGAGACUGGACUUUAAACGUGGGCCACUUUUGA